AAAUAGAAACUUUCAUUUCCGGGUAGAAGUUCGCGAAAUACAUGUGGAGAGUGAAUACAUGCUUCUUCAUUAAGUUGUCAAAUUUUCGUUUUUCUUUUAAAACACAAAUCGAGUGUUGGUACUUCGUGCACAGGCAGACAGAAAAGAUUUUGCCUACUACAGAAACUUAUCUCCUAAUGCACACCCACGCCUCACUCAAUAUCCCCAUAUAACCUUAUUUUCAGUCCUCAAAUUUUGUGGAUAUUCCCCGGCAGAGAGAUGGAUGGCAAUGUGAAGGAAAAGAGGAAACAUCAGCAGAAACACAGUGGGCCAAAGGCGGAAAGAAAGAAACUGAGGAAACAGGGAGACUCAACAGAGAAGGAUGAACGCAAACGCAACCCCAAAGCCUUUGCAGUACAGUCUGCUGUACGCAUGGCCAAGACCUUCCACAGGGCGCAGGACAUAAAGACCAAAAAACACCACAUCCCCCUGGUUGAUCGGACACCCCUGGAGCCUCCUCCGGUGGUGAUUGUCGUAGUCGGACCCCCCAAGGUGGGGAAAAGCACCCUGAUCCGUUGCCUGAUCAAAAUCUUCACGCGUCAGAAGCUUGGAGACAUAUGUGGCCCUGUAACCAUCGUCUCAGGGAAGAAACGGCGUCUCACUUUCAUGGAGUGCAACAAUGACAUAAAUACCAUGAUCGACCUUGCAAAAGUCGCUGAUCUGGUUCUGAUGUUGAUAGAUGCCAGCUUUGGCUUUGAAAUGGAAACGUUUGAGUUUCUCAACAUCUGCCAAGUGCAUGGUUUCCCUCGCAUCAUGGGUGUGCUCACUCACCUGGAUUCCUUUAAGAACAACAAGGCUCAAAGGAAGACCAAGAAAACUUUAAAACAUCGCUUCUGGACAGAAGUCUACCAGGGCGCCAAGCUUUUCUAUCUGUCUGGCAUGGUGUACGGGGAGUAUCAAACGCAGGAAGUGAAGAACCUCGGCCGCUUCAUCUCUGUCAUGAAAUUUCGUCCUUUGGUUUGGCAGACGUCCCACCCUUAUUUGCUUGUUGAUCGCAUGGAGGAUUUGACUGACCCCGAAACGAUUCGAACGGACUCAAAGUGCGAUCGGAGAGUGUCGCUCUACGGCUACUUGCGAGGCACAUAUUUGAAAAACAAAACCCAGGUCCAUAUUCCAGGUGUUGGAGACUUCGAGGUCGCAGAUGUGAACUUUCUGCCUGACCCCUGUCCACUUCCAGAUGCUCAGAAGAAAAGGGCACUGAAUGAGAAGGAGCGGCUGCUUUACGCACCCAUGGCUGGAGUCGGCGGGGUGGUGUACGACAAAGACGCCGUGUACAUCGACCUUCCUGCAUGCCAUGUUCUUCAAGACCAGGAGGUGAUGAGACCCAGCACGGAGCUUGUCCAGUCUCUUAUCGAUACACACGCCACUCUAGAUGCCAAGAUGGCUGCCAGCAAAGUCACCCUCUUCAGCGGUUCCGCUACUCUGGACUCGGCAGAUGUCAACGCACAGAGCAGAGAGAAUGAAGGCCUCGCGGAGGAGCGUGUUUGGGAUCCGAUGAGCCACCGAGAGAGAAGAAAGGUGAUCUUCAACGAGGAAGAUGACAAAGGGGACUCCAGUGAUGAUGAUGAUGAUGAUGAUGAUGAUGAUGAAGACGACAGUGACGCUGAGGAGCAGAAUGAGGCGCAUGAAAAUCUUAAAUCUUCAAGUGAUCAAGAUGGACCAACAAUAAAGAAACGCAAGCUGGAGACCAACAAAGACGUUGCGGAAGGAGCGGCCGAGCUGCCCGUUUUUGCCGACAGUGACGAUGACCUGGAGAUGAGUGGCGGAGAGGAGGAAGCCGGUGGAGCGGGUGACUCUGGGCAUUGCUCCGAAGAAGAUGACGACGAAGUAGGGAGUCGUGAUGAUGAAGAUGAUGUUGAUGAAGAGGAAGAUGAAAGUCAAAUCACAAUGGAAAAGACGGCGAGCGAAAGCCAAGAGGAAACCCAAGAAGAGAUCGGUAAGUGCAUAUUUUCAUUUUUUUUUUUUGAACGUUUGUGCUCGAGUUCACUUUUAUUUUUUAAAUCUACAGGGGCUCUGCGGUGGAAAGAUUGUCUGCAGCAGAAGGCAUCUGAAACAUUCUUACGCCACCAAGAAGCUAUGCCCAACCUGCGAAAACUGGUCUACGGUUCAGUCGCCGAGGCAAAAGAGGAGGACGACGACGACGAGGAGUUGGCAGGACUCUUUCGUGUCAACCGCGCUCAGAAGAGUAGAAGGUUACAAGCAAAUGGGCUCGAUUGUUCCCAUUUUAACCCCGAUUCCUCCCGCAACUGGGAUCUGGAGGAGAUGCUGAACUCCAUACGGGAUUGCUUUGUGACGGGGAAAUGGGAGGAGGACCAAGAUGCCGCCACACGCCUGAAGGAACAUGACGAGGAGUACGGAGAUUUUGAGGAUCUGGAGACGGGCGAAGUCCACAAAGGGGCUCAGGAUAAAGCUGAGAAUAGCGAGAGUGAUGACGGCGAUAACAACGAAGAGACGCCGAUGAAGGAGGGUAAGGAUGAAGUCCAGAAAAACAAGCGCUUGGAUAAAAAACGGAGGCUGAAAGAACGAUUUGAUGCCGAGUAUGACGACGGAGAUGCCACUUACUUUGACGACCUCAAGGAGGAGAUGCAGAAGCAAGCCGAGUUGAACAGGGCAGAGUUUGAGGAUCUAGACGACGAGUCGAGAGUGCAAUAUGAAGGAUUCCGGCCAGGAAUGUACGUCAGAUUGGAAAUCUCCUCGCUACCUUGCGAAUUCAUCGCAAAUUUCGAUCCUCACUAUCCCAUCAUCGUCGGUGGUUUGGGUUCCAAUGAGGGGAGCGCUGGAUAUCUACAGAUGAGACUGAAGAAACACCGCUGGUAUAAGCGCAUCUUGAAGACACGAGACCCGCUCAUCCUAUCGCUAGGCUGGCGGCGCUUCCAGACCAUGCCCCUUUACCAUAUCGAGGAUCACAACGGGCGACACCGGCUUCUGAAAUACACACCACAGCACAUGCACUGCGGUGCCUCCAUCUGGGGUCCAAUUACACCGCAGGGAACGGGAUUCCUGGCUCUGCAAUCCGUAACCGGAAUUAAUGCCAAUUUCCGGAUCGCAGCCACCGGGGUUAUCCUCGACCUGGAUAAGUCGGUGACUGUUGUCAAGAAGCUCAAACUCAUUGGCUACCCAUACAAGAUCUUUAAGAACACAUGUUUCAUAAAGGGCAUGUUCAAUACAGUGCUGGAAGUGGCCAAAUUUGAAGGGGCCUCGAUAAGAACAGUGUCAGGCCUCAGGGGUCAAAUCAAGAAAGCAAUGUCAACGCCAGCGGGAUCCUUUCGAGCUACAUUCGAGGACAGGGUGCUUAUGAGUGAUAUUGUGUUCCUGCGCUCCUGGUGCAAAGUGUCCGUUCCACAGCUCUACAACCCCAUCACGUCUCUGCUGCUCCCUGUGGCUCAGAAGGACAGCUGGGCUGGCAUGAGGACCCUAGGGCAGCUCAAACACGACCUGGGAAUCCGCAACAAACCCAAUCAAGACUCUCUGUACAAGCCUGUGGUCCGUACAAAAGCCCAUUACAAUCCCCUCCACAUCCCCAAAGCACUGCAGAAGGCUCUUCCCUACAAGAGCAAACCAAAACUGAUGCAAGGGAAAGGAAAGACGCCGAGAGACCUCCAGAGGCCCGCCGUGAUCAGAGAGCCUCACGAAAGGAAGGUGGCGGCUCUCCUCCACGCUCUCGGCACAGUCCACCAGUACGACACGAAGAAAGCGCACGCAGUGAAACAUGCCAAACACAAGGAGUUCCUGCAACACAAAGACAAGGAGGAGGAGGCCAAAUUGAAGAGACAGAAGGAAGCACGUAAAAAACUUUAUCGCGCCAUGGGCCAGAAGGACCAAAAGAAACUAAAGUCAAGUCUUAAAGGGGCAUCAUCAUCACAAGAUUUCUAAUAAGACAUGGUCUCACUCAUUUUAUUUGGUAUUAGAUUAUGUAAAGGUGAUCCAGUCUUGUUUUAUUACAGCAUAAUAAAUUGGUUGUCAGUGUGA